CUGUGGACAAAUGUGCUGCUCACAGAGCCUGAUCGAGUGCUCUGCGAUGAACAUCCUGUGUUUGCAUGCUUAGCCCAUGGAUUUUAUCACAUCGUGAUGCUUGUUAAAAGCGUCAUCCAGAACGCUAGCGUUUAUGAAGAAGAAGACUUUAAUCCACAUCUUCCUUUUCCAUGCACGUCACAGCAUUCUCUGCAGGAUGUUCUGCAAUUCAUGAAAGAGGUGGAACAUGAUCUAAUCGCAAAAGCUGAAAAGCCGGAUCACGCCAGUCUGAAGGAUGUGAUUCUUUCUCUUUCUUCGCGAAUCGCCUUCUUGAGACUGUUUCUGGUUACAAUCACACACCUAGUGCCUCCUAGGAGACCAGAGUGUGUGGACUCUGAUCCUCUGCAAAUGCCUCCUUUGGAUGCGGUUGGAUUUACUGCUGAUUUGGAUGCAGCAGCCUACACAUCGUCCAAGCUUAUGUUACUGUCAUCGAAGUUCCUAGAAACAUCGCUGAAUGAAGGCGCACCGCGGCCGGAGGGUGUUGAGCAUGAUGGUGAGGUGGAACUUGUUCGAAUAUUAUUGAUUGUCAUUUCAUAA